CGCCGCCGCCCCGCCGGGCCCCGUCGCCGCCCGCGCGCCCCCGGGCCCCCGACACACAUGAGAUUCUUCAGGCUCACUUUCAAGUGCUUUGUGGACUGCUUCUGAGCGCGCCUCGCGCUCCAUCGGCCCGGCCCCGGCCCGGCCCGGCCCCGGGAGGGCCCGCCGCGCCCUCGGGGCCCUCCCCGCGCCCGCACCCGCGUCCGCGCCCGCCGGGGCCAUGGCGAAGAAGAGCGCCGAGAACGGCAUCUACAGCGUGUCCGGCGACGAGAAGAAGGGCCCCCUGAUCGUACCCGGGUCCGACGGCGCCCCAGCCAAGGGCGACGGCCCCGUGGGCCUGGCUGUGCCGCCGCGCGAGACAUGGACGCGCCAGAUGGACUUCAUCAUGUCGUGCGUGGGCUUCGCCGUGGGCCUAGGCAACGUGUGGCGCUUCCCCUACCUGUGCUACAAGAACGGCGGAGGUGUGUUCCUUAUUCCCUAUGUCCUGAUCGCCCUGGUGGGGGGAAUCCCCAUUUUCUUCCUGGAGAUCUCCUUGGGCCAGUUCAUGAAGGCUGGCAGCAUCAAUGUCUGGAACAUUUGCCCCCUAUUCAAAGGCCUGGGCUAUGCCUCCAUGGUGAUCGUCUUCUACUGCAACACCUAUUACAUCAUGGUGCUGGCUUGGGGCUUCUAUUACCUGGUCAAGUCCUUCACCACCACGCUGCCCUGGGCCACCUGUGGCCACAGCUGGAACAGUCCCGACUGUGUGGAGAUCUUCCGCCACGAAGAUUGUGCCAAUGCCAGCCUAGCCAACCUCACAUGUGACCAGCUUGCUGACCGCCGCUCCCCCGUCAUCGAGUUCUGGGAGAACAAAGUCUUGCGGCUCUCUGGGGGGCUGGAGGUUCCAGGGGCUCUCAACUGGGAGGUGACGCUGUGUCUGCUGGCCUGCUGGGUGCUGGUCUACUUCUGUGUCUGGAAGGGGGUCAAGUCAACAGGAAAGAUCGUGUACUUCACUGCUACAUUCCCCUACGUGGUCCUCGUCGUGCUGCUGGUGCGCGGCGUGCUGCUGCCUGGCGCCUUGGACGGCAUUGUGUACUAUCUCAAGCCCGACUGGUCGAAGCUGGGGUCCCCUCAGGUGUGGAUCGAUGCCGGCACCCAGAUUUUCUUCUCCUACGCCAUUGGCCUGGGGGCCCUCACGGCCCUGGGCAGCUACAACCGCUUUAACAACAACUGCUAUAAGGAUGCCAUCAUCCUCGCGCUCAUCAACAGCGGGACCAGCUUUUUUGCUGGCUUCGUGGUCUUCUCCAUCCUGGGCUUCAUGGCGGCAGAGCAGGGGGUGCAUAUUUCCAAGGUGGCCGAGUCAGGGCCUGGCCUGGCCUUCAUCGCCUACCCCCGGGCUGUCACACUCAUGCCUGUGGCCCCGCUCUGGGCUGCCCUCUUCUUCUUCAUGCUGCUGCUGCUCGGACUCGACAGCCAGUUCGUAGGUGUGGAGGGCUUCAUCACCGGCCUUCUCGACCUCCUCCCGGCCUCCUACUACUUCCGCUUCCAAAGGGAGAUCUCCGUGGCCCUCUGCUGUGCCCUCUGCUUCAUCAUUGACCUCUCCAUGGUGACCGAUGGCGGGAUGUACGUCUUCCAGCUGUUUGACUACUACUCAGCCAGCGGCAUGACCCUGCUCUGGCAGGCCUUCUGGGAGUGUGCGGUGGUGGCCUGGGUGUACGGCGCUGACCGCUUCAUGGACGACAUUGCCUGCAUGAUCGGGUACCGGCCAUGCCCCUGGAUGAAGUGGUGCUGGUCCUUCUUCACCCCGCUCAUCUGCAUGGUAAUGCCCACAAGUUGGGCCAGGAGGGCUGCGGGCUGGCCAGGCAGGUGGCUGAUGCCUCUUGUUCACCAGGGCAUCUUCAUCUUCAACGUGGUGUACUACGAGCCGCUGGUGUACAACAACACCUACGUGUACCCAUGGUGGGGCGAGGCCAUGGGCUGGGGCUUUGCACUCUCCUCCAUGCUCUGUGUGCCCCUCCACCUCCUGGGCUGCCUCCUCAGUGCCAAGGGAACCAUGGCUGAGCGCUGGCAGCACCUGACCCAGCCUGUGUGGGGCCUCCACCACGUGGAGUACAGAGCUCAGGACUCGGAUGUCAGGGGCCUGACCACCCUGACCCCAGUGUCUGAGAGCAGCAAGGUCGUGGUGGUGGAGAGCGUCAUGUGACAACAGCCUCCGCAGAGCCCUGGCCUCGCCAGCUCACAUCACCAGCGCACCCUCUUGUAGCCAUAGCAGCCCCUGCUUAGCCCCUGCCCCACCCCUCCAGGGGACCUGCCUUUCCCUGAUAGCUUCGGGGUCUGCCUGGGGACGGGAGGCAGGGGGAGGCGGCCAGGGGGAAGCACCACGAGUGCUAACUAAAAUCAUUUUUCCGUUUUUAAUAAAACACCAAAAAUAUCACAUCCCACCAAAAAUAGAUUCCUCUCCCCACCCUGCCCGCAGCCAAGCUGGUGCACAUGCUGCUCCCAGGCCUGCCUUCUCCCCUCCGCCUUCAGCCCAGGCUCCCCUAGUCACCUGCCCGCUAACCCGGGAGACCCGGCUGGCCCGCCCUGCCUCUCAGGGCUCUACCCCCACAACAUGACCACCCUUGGGGGCCCAUCGCCCCAGAACCAGCAGAGGCUGCCUGGGGGCCCGAAGGAGAGGGGACGGUGAGGAGGGGAGCCCCCGGGGAGGCACAGUGGCCCAGGCCCAGAUUGCAGCUGGGCUAGACGCCCCCAUCCCUAUUCUCCUAGCUUGGAGAGCUAGCCAUGAAUGGAACCUUCUGGUUCCUGCACCAGUUGCCACCGCUAUCAAUUGUGUGCACUUGUGAGUACACUUGAGUCUAGGCCGUAUACCUAGAGCUCUGUCUGUUAGCGAAGGUGAAUACCAGGUGGAACCUGUGCUGCUGGGCAAACGAGGCUUGUAUUUUGCACAUUUUAUAAAGACUUGAGUGAGA